CCGGAAGUCGCUGCUACAUUGUUUCUCGGUUGAGACAGGUUCAGAAAUGGCAGAUGGCAGAGCCCGAUGGAGUCUCAGCCGUGUCCCGAUCAUCAUCUCCAGGGAUUCAGUGAUCGCUUAACGUCCGCGCAGCUUCCAGCGGAGAGAGUCACGGGAACCUCCGUCCUCUUAUCCCUUAUCAUCAUUCGCCGUGUUUCCUCUUGGACUUGUUGCUAAGCAAACUGGCUAAUCGGACAUUAGUAAACACUGGCUAGCUAGCGAGUGAUUCCCAGAGCUAGCUAAACUCCACGGGUUUCUGUAAAAAAUGGCCACGAUGGAGAAAUUAAUGAAAGCCUUCGAGUCCCUCAAAUCAUUCCAGCAGCAACAGCAGGGCCCGCUGUCUGCAGAGGAACUGGUCCAGAAACAGAAAAAAGAUCUCGCGACGACCAAAAAGGACCGAGUGACUCAUUGUUUGACUAUAUGCGAGAAUAUCGUAGCGCAGUCUCUGAGGACAUCCCCAGAGUUCCAGAAACUUCUGGGAAUAGCCAUGGAAAUGUUUCUGCUGUGCAGCGAUGACAAGGAGUCGGAUGUCAGGAUGGUUGCAGAUGAGUGCCUAAACAAAAUCAUUAAAGCAUUGAUGGAUUCCAACUUGCCUCGAUUGCAACUCGAGCUUUAUAAAGAGAUUAAAAAGAACGGUGCCUCUCGGAGCCUGCGGGCGGCGCUGUGGCGGUUUGCCGAGCUCGCCCAUCUCGUGCGUCCGCAGAAAUGCAGGCCGUAUCUCGUGAACCUGCUGCCCUGCCUGACACGCAUAACUAAGCGGCAGGAGGAGACGGUGCAGGAGACCUUGGCCUCCUCCAUCCCCAAAAUCAUGGCAGCCCUCGGGAACUUUGCCAAUGACAGCGAGAUCAAGGUGCUUCUGAAAGCCUUUGUUGCAAAUCUGAAGUCGAGCUCUCCUACUAUUCGGCGCACAGCAGCCAGUUCAGCUGUGAGUGUGUGUCAGCACUCGCGCAGAACCAACUACUUUUACACAUGGCUCCUUAACGUUCUGCUAGGACUGGUGGUGCCGGUGGACGAGGAACACUCGAGCCACCUGAUUCUGGGUGUGUUAUUAACCCUACGCUACCUGAUGCCCCUUCUGCAGCAGCAAGAUGCGAGCACCAGUCUGAAAGGCAGCUUCGGUGUGAUGCGGAAAGAAGUGGACGUGUCCCCAACACCCGAGCAGCUCACCCAGGUGUACGAGCUGACGCUACACUACACACAGCACCGCGAUCAUAACGUGGUAACUGCGUCCCUGGAGCUUCUGCAACAGCUGUUUCGCACUCCAUCUCCUGAACUCUUGAACACACUUAUUAUUCCUGGCAAAAUCACACACACCCGCGUCUUCAGAGAGGAGAUGGAAAGCCGGGCGCGCAGCGGGAGCAUCGUUGAGCUCAUUGCUGGUGGAUCAACUUCCAGUCCGCUCGUCCUCAGGAAGCAGAAAGGUAAACUCUUGUCAGGGGAAGAGGAGGGUCUGGAGGAUGACCCUGAGAAGGCAGAGGUCACAGCAGGCUCCUUUACAGCCUCGGUGGGAGGAGAAAGCUCGGGCGAUGCCGCCUCCUCAUCAGGUGUGUCGUCCCUCGGCCAGGCCGACAUCAUCACCGAGCAGCCACGCUCCUCCCAGCAUGCCCUGCAGCCCGGCGACUCUGUAGACCUGAGCGCAUCGUCAGAACAAGGGGGCGGACCCGAUACCCCCGACGAGGAAGACGAAGACAUGCUGAGUCGCAGCUCGAGCAGUGCGGUCAAGGCCGUGGGCGCUACCACAGACUUGCACUCCGAGACCAAUCCUCCUUCGAUGGGGGCAGGGUCGUCGUCUCCUCCGAGCGACAGCUCCCAGACCACCACGGAGGGUCCGGAUUCGGCCGUGACGCCCUCGGACUGCACCGAGCUCGUAAGAUACACUUCCUUCCACUCCAACAGCGAGGCCUCUUCAUCCUACACAGCCUCCUCCUCCACCUCCUCUUCCAUAUCUACUUCUUCCUCCUCUUCUGCCGUCUCCUUCGCUAGCAGUAGUGACAAGGUGUUGGAUGGCAGUGAGAGUCAGUACUCAGGGAUGCAGAUUGGAACUCUGCAGGAUGAGGAAGAGGAAGGAGUGGCUGCUGCACCUGAUGAAGCUGCGGAGUCUUUUGCUCACUCUGUGCUGGCACUGAGCAAACCCCACCUACUGGAUGGUAAAGGCCACAACAGGCAAGCUUCUGAUAGCAGCGUGGAUCGCUUUAUACCAAAGGAAGAGGUUCUGGAGCCAGUGGACCUCGACAACAAGUUAUCAAGGGUUAAAGGGGACAUCGGACACUACACCGACCCGGCGGAGGCGCCGCUGGUGCACUGUGUGCGGCUGCUGUCUGCUUCCUUUCUGCUCACCGGCCAACGAAACGGGCUGGUUCCUGACAAGGAGGUCCGUGUGAGCGUGAAGGCUUUAGCCGUCAGUUGCGUAGGAGCAGCAGCAGCUCUUCUCCCUGAAACGUUUUUUAACAGAAUCUACCUGGGGCCAGUGGAUGGACAGCAGGCGGAUGAGCAGCAGUACAUCAGUGACAUCCUGCAGUACAUUGAGCACGGGGAUCCUCAGAUUAGGGGAGCUACAGCUAUACUGUGUGGAGCUUUGAUUCAAGCCAUCCUGCUCAAGACUCGCUUCAGCACGGACUCGUGGCUUGCACGCCUCCACAGUACCACUGGGAACAAAGUGUCUUUGGAAGAUAUUGUACCCUUAUUACAGCGCAGUCUGAAGGACGAGUCCUCAGUGACGUGUAAGAUGGCCUGUUCGGCUGUGAGGCACUGUAUCAUGGCUCUAUGCAGCAGCAAUUAUAGCGAGCUGGGUUUGCAGCUCUUAAUUAACCUCCUGACCCUGAGGGAUUGUUCUUAUUGGCUGGUCCGUAACGAGCUGCUGGAAACCCUGGCAGAAGUGGACUUUCGGUUAGUGUGCUUUCUUGAGAGGAAAACGGAGAAGUUGCACAGAGGAGAGCAUCACUACACUGGCUUGUUGCGUCUGCAGGACAGAGUAAUUAAGGACGUAGUGCUUUAUCUUCUUGGCGACGACGAUCCACGUGUGAGACAUGUUGCGGCUUCUAUUGUUACCAGGCUAGUGUCUAGGUUGUUCUACGAUUGUGACCAGGCUCAGGCAGAUCCAGUGGUAGCCAUUGCACGUGAUCAGAGCAGUGUUUACUUGCAGCUUCUAAUGCAUGAGACCCAGCCUCCGUCUCAGUUUACUGUCAGCACCAUCACACGGACAUAUCGAGGAUACAGUCUGUCGCCAGGCGUUUCUGACGUUACAAUGGAGAACAACCUUUCUCGAGUCAUCACUGCCAUCUCCCAUGCAUUUACUUCUUCCACCUCUAGAGCCCUGACUUUCGGCUGCUGUGAGGCAUUAUGUUUGCUCUCCUUCACUUUCCCAGUGUGCACCUGGAGCACAGGGUGGCACUGCGGCUUCGUCAGCUCUCCGGUGUUCCAUUACGGCCGAACCAGCCUAAACCGCGGCCAAGCACGCUCCUACAGUCUAUCUCAGAGUCAGAGUGGCAGCAGUGAAGACAGCCGCAGGUCACUGAUUGUAGGCGUGGCCAGCAUGGUACUGUCCCUGCUCUCCUCCGCCUGGUUCCCACUGGACCUCUCUGCCCAUCAGGAUGCCUUGAUUCUGGCUGGAAACCUGCUUGCUGCUGCUGCGCCAAAGUGCAUGAAAAGCCCAUGGGGUGGUGAGGAAGAGUCCGGCUCGGCUCCCUCCAAACAGGAAGAGGCGUGGCCUGCCCUGAGCGACCGGUCCCUUGUUGCUAUGGCAGAACAGUUGUUUUCACACCUGCUAAAGGUCCUUAACAUCUGUGCACAUGUGCUAGAGGACACUUCCCCAGGCCCAGCUGUGAAGGCCACAUUGCCAUCACUGGCCAAUACUCCGUCCCUGAGUCCAAUCAGGCGAAAGGGCAAAGAGAAGGACACAACUGAACCCAGUAACACUCCCAUGAGCCCAAAGAAAGGAGGAGACUCCAAUGCAGGCAGAACGGCGGACAGCACAGGAGCAGCUCCAGCGAGCAAGUCCACUUGUGUGGGCAGCUUUUAUCACUUGCCUCCUUAUCUGAAGCUUUACGACGUGCUCAAGGCCACUCACGCCAACUAUAAAGUAACACUCGACCUUCACAACAACAGUGAGAAAUUUGGCGGCUUUCUGCGGUCUGCGCUGGACGUUCUGUCCCAGCUGUUGGAGCUGGCUACCCUGCAUGACAUUGGCAAAUGUGUGGAGGAAAUCCUGGGUUAUCUGAAGUCCUGUUUCUCACGGGAACCCACUCUGGCUACAGUGUGUGUCCAACAGCUGCUUAAAACCUUGUUUGGGACAAACCUAGCCUCCCAGUACGAUGGGACUUCCUCAUACCCGUGCCGCUCCCAGGGGAAGGCUCUCCGUCUGGGCUCGUCCAGUCUGCGACCAGGCCUCUAUCAUUAUUGCUUUAUGGCACCGUAUACACAUUUCACCCAGGCCCUCGCAGAUGCUAGUUUAAGGAACAUGGUACAAGCCGAAAACGAGCAAGACGCAUCGGGGUGGUUUGAUGUAAUGCAGAAAGUGUCCAAUCAGCAGAGGUCAAGCAUCACAAACGUAACACGACAUCGAGGAGACAAGAAUGCCAUCCACAAUCACAUCCGUCUUUUCGAGCCGCUGGUGAUCAAAGCACUGAAGCAGUACACCACCAGCACGUGCGUGGCGCUGCAGAGGCAAGUGCUGGACCUGCUCGCUCAGCUAGUGCAGCUUCGAGUCAACUACUGUCUGCUCGAUUCUGACCAGGUUUUCAUUGGUUUUGUGCUGAAGCAGUUUGAAUAUAUUGAGGUGGGGCAGUUCAGGGAUUCUGAGGCAAUCAUUCCCAAUAUUUUCUUCUUUCUGGUGCUCCUUUCCUAUGAGCGUUAUCACUCCAAGCAGAUCAUCAGCAUUCCAAAGAUUAUUCAGCUGUGUGACGGCAUCAUGGCUAGUGGCAGAAAAGCGGUCACCCACGCGGUCCCUGCUCUACAGCCUAUAGUGCACGAUCUUUUCGUGCUGCGAGGCUCCAAUAAGGCUGAUGCCGGCAAAGAGCUGGAGACUCAGAAAGAGGUGGUGGUGUCCAUGCUGCUGCGCCUUAUACAGCACCACCAGGUGUUGGAGAUGUUUAUCCUGGUCCUGCAGCAGUGUCAUAAGGAGAAUGAAGAUAAAUGGAAACGGCUGUCUCGGCAGAUUGCUGACGUAAUCCUGCCCAUGAUUGGUAAACAGCAGAUGCACCUGGAUUCCCCUGAAGCGCUGGGAGUGCUGAACACUCUCUUUGAGACCGUGGCACCAUCUUCAUUGAGACCAGUGGACAUGCUGCUGAAGAGCAUGUUUGUCACACCUUCUACAAUGGUAUCAGUUGGCACUGUGCAACUCUGGGUGUCUGGGAUUCUGGCCAUAUUGCGUGUCUUGAUCUCCCAGUCAACAGAGGACAUCAUUCUGUGUCGAGUCCAAGAGCUGUCUCUGUCUCCUUAUCUUCUGUCUUGUUCUGCCAUCUGCCGUCUCCACGACAACGAUUCUCCGUCUCCAGUUGACCUGCCGGAUGCAGAUUUAGAGACCAAUGGGGAGACUCAGCAGUUCCUGCCUGAAGAGACAUUCGCCAGAUUCCUUCUGCAGUUAGUAGGUGUGUUGUUGGAUGAAAUCUCCAGUAAGCAGGUGAAAGUGGAUAUGACUGAACAGCAACACACUUUCUACUGCCAGCAGCUGGGCACGCUCCUCAUGUGUCUCAUCCACAUCUUCAAAUCAGGAAUGUUCCGGCGCAUCACGGCUGCAGGCAGCCGGCUGCUUAAGGUGGAGGGGGUAGAGGGGGGAAAUUUCUACACUCUGGAAGGGCUUAACGGUCUGGUGGUGCAGCUCAUCACGACACACCCCUCACUGGUGCUGCUCUGGUGCCAGGUGCUCCUUAUAGUCAACUAUACUAACUACACCUGGUGGUCCGAAGUGCACCAAACCCCCAGGAGGCACAGUUUAUCCAGCACUAAGUUGCUAAGCCCUCACUCGUCUGGAGAGGACGAGGACCAGAAGCCUGAGGGAAAUCAAGCCAUGUGUAACAGAGAGAUUGUUCGCAGAGGAGCGCUCAUUCUCUUCUGCGACUAUGUGUGUCAGAACCUGCAUGAUUCAGAGCAUCUGACAUGGCUGACGGUGAACCAUGUGAGGGAUUUGAUCAGUCUGUCGCAUGAACCACCUGUGCAGGACUUCAUCAGUGCAGUGCAUCGCAAUUCUGCAGCCAGCGGCCUCUUUAUUCAGGCCAUCCAGUCUCGCUGCGACAAUCUUUCUACUCCGGUGAUGCUGAAGAAGACUCUGCAGUGUCUGGAGGGAAUUCACCUGAGUCAGUCUGGAGCUCUGCUCAUGCUUUACGUCGACAAGUUGUUGAACACACCCUUCCGUGUGCUGGCCCGCAUGGUGGACACGCUCGCCUGCAGACGAGUGGAAAUGCUGCUCGCCGAGACUUUACAGAAUAGCAUCGCUCAGCUGCCAGUGGAGGAGCUGGACAGGAUCCAGCAGUACCUCCAGACCAGUGGCCUAGCUCAGCGACAUCAGAGGUUCUACUCCCUGUUGGACAGGUUUAGAGCUACAGUUGCAGAGGAAACCACAAGCCCUUCCCCUCCUGUUACAUUACACCCACUGGACGGGAAUCCACCCCCUGCCCCAGAGAGCGUCACGGCCAGUAAGGAAUGGUAUGUUUCCCUGGUGAAAUCUCAGUGCUGUGUUAAAGGUGACGGAUCUCUAUACGAGACGACUGACCUGCUCACUAAACUUCCCCAAUCAGACUUAAUCACCAUCAUGUCCUCCAAGGAUUUUAACCUAGGCCUGCUGGCUCCAUGUUUGAGUGUUGGCCUCCAGAGGCUGUGCAGAGAUCAGGGGGCGGUUCUUUUUGAGACCACCCUCCAGGUGAUUUUUGAGCAGUUGGCAAGCAUCACAGCACUGCUUCCAUCCCCUCAUCAGCCACUUCUCCUCUCAUCACAACCCAACAAUGACUCCUCGUACUGGAACGCACUCAGCAGUGUAUAUGGUGAGGUGGGCUUUUUUCAGAAAGUGAUGAGCGUGUGCAAUGCAUUGAGCAGGUACCUCCUUUCGCUGCCCAAGCUGCCCUCGGCUUUACAGAUCCCUCCCGCCACUGAGCAUCUGAUCACCUCCUUCAACACCCUGGUCAUAGAGCUGGUGACAUGGCGUUUGCUACAGGACCAGUUAAGUCUCAGUGUAGAUGUGCAGAUGAGCGUGUCCUGCUUGUGUUUGGCUCUGCAGCAGCCUUCAGUGUGGACGGACUUUACCUCUAAAACCUACCUCACACACACCUGCUCUAUUAUCCACUGCAUCCACCUGAUUAUCUAUGCCGUCACAGUUUAUCCAGGCGACCAGCUGGUACGACCUGAGAGAAAGACGCAUGCCAACCGAGACUCUGAAGAGGACGAGGUGGAUUCGGGAAAAGGCAACCUGUGUGAGCAGCAGUGUUGUGAGAUCAUGGCCGAGUUAGUGGAAAGCUUGCAGAGUGUUUUGGCUCUUGGGCACAACAGAAACAGCAAUAUCCCAGCAUUCCUUACUCCAACCCUUAGAAACGUCAUUAUCAGUCUGGCCAGACUGCCCCUUGUGAACAGCUACACACGCAUCCCACCACUAGUCUGGAAGCUGGGCUGGUCCCCCAGACGUGGUGGGGAUUUUGGCACAGCACUGCCUGAGAUUCCUGUCGAGUUUCUACAAGAAAAAGACGUCUUCAGAGAGUUCCUCUACCGCAUAAACGUUCUCGGCUGGAGCAGUAGGACCCAGUUUGAGGAGACUUGGGCCACUCUGUUAGGGGUGCUGGUCACCCAGCCAAUCACGAUCGAUCAAGAAGAGGAGACUCAGCAAGAGGAGGAUCUGGAGCGGACGCAGAUAAACGUGUUAGCAGUGCAGGCCAUCACCUCCCUGGUGCUGAGCGCCAUGACUCUGCCCACAGCCGGGAACCCUGCAGUCAGCUGCCUGGAGCAGCAGCCGCGCAACAAGAGCCUCAAAGCUUUAGACACCAGAUUUGGGCGUAAACUGAGUGUAAUCCGAGGUGUAGUGGAGAAAGAGAUUCAGGCCAUGGUAUCCAAGAGAGACAAUAUAGCCACACACUUUCCUUACCAAGCCUGGGACCCGGUGCCAUCGCUGUCCUCGUCGUCAGCAGGCACUUUAAUCAGUCAUGAGAAACUCCUCCUGCAGAUCAACACCGAGCGAGAACUGGGCAACAUGGAUUAUAAACUGGGCCAGGUAUCUAUUCACUCUAUGUGGUUGGGGAAUAAUAUCACUCCUCUGAGGGAGGAAGAGUGGGGUGAUGAUGAGGAAGAUGAAACUGAUGCUCCUGCGACCGCCUCACCACCGAUAUCUCCUAUUAAUUCCAGAAAGCACAGAGCUGGAGUUGACAUUCACUCCUGCUCCCAGUUCCUCCUGGAACUCUACAGCCAGUGGAUCCUCCCUGGCAGCCCCAGCAGCAGAAAAACUCCAGUUGUGCUUAUCAGUGAGGUGGUGAGAUCGCUGUUGGCGGUGUCCGAUCUGUUCACGGAAAGGACUCAGUUUGAUAUGAUGUUUUCCACUCUGAUGGAGCUGCAGAAGGUUCACCCUCCUGAGGACGAGAUCCUAAACCAGUAUCUCGUCCCUGCUAUCUGCAAAGCAGCUGCUGUGUUAGGCAUGGAUAAGAUGACCGCAGAGCCUGUGUGUCGGUUGUUGGAGUCUUCACUGAGGAGCACUCAUCUGCCCAGUCGUAUUGGCGCGCUGCACGGAGUGCUGUACGUGCUCGAGUGUGAUCUACUGGACGACACAGCACGCCAGCUCAUACCUAUUGUCAGCGAAUAUGUACUGUCUAAUCUCCGGGUCAUCGCCCACUGCUUGAACCUGCAUAAUCAGCAGCACGUGCUGGUAAUGUGUGCUGUGGCCUUCUACAUGAUGGAAAACUACCCGCUGGAUGUCGGGCCAGAAUUUAACGCAGGGGUCGUCCAGGUGUGUGGCAUAAUGCUCUCAGCCAGCGAGGAAAACACUCCAUCUGUAAUCUACCACUGUGCACUGCGAGGCCUGGAGCGAUUGCUUCUGUCUGAGCAGCUGUCACGCAUGGACGCGGAAACGCUGGUGAAGCUCAGCGUGGAUCGCGUGAACAUGCCGAGUCCGCAUCGCGCCAUGGCCGCCCUGGGUCUCAUGCUCACCUGCAUGUACACAGGUGUGCCUGGAGAGGAAGGGAAGGAGAGAGGGAGUCCCGGUCGGCCAGUCGACAGCGACCCCACAGCUCCCGACAGCGAGUCUGUUAUCGUUGCCAUGGAGCGUGUCUCGGUUCUUUUUGACAGGAUCCGUAAAGGUUUUCCGUGUGAAGCCCGUGUGGUGGCACGGAUACUGCCCCAGUUCCUAGACGACUUUUUUCCGCCGCAGGACGUCAUGAACAAAGUCAUUGGAGAGUUUCUGUCCAAUCAGCAACCUUACCCACAGUUUAUGGCCACUGUGGUUUAUAAGGUGUUUCAGACACUCCACGCCACUGGUCAGUCCUCCAUGGUGCGAGACUGGGUGCUGCUCUCGCUUUCCAACUUCACGCAGAGAACACCUGUUGCCAUGGCGAUGUGGAGCCUUUCCUGUUUUUUCGUCAGCGCCUCCACCAGCCAGUGGAUUUCUGCCCUCUUGCCUCACGUGAUCAGUCGCAUGGCCAAAGCCGACGCAGUGGACGUUAGCCUGUUCUGUCUGGUAGCCAUGGACUUCUACCGGCACCAGAUCGAUGAGGAGCUGGACCGCAGAUCCUUCCAGUCUGUUUUUGAGAUGGUGGCAUCCCCGGGUAGCCCUUACUACCAGCUGCUGUGCUGUCUGCAGAGUAUUCACCAGGACACGUCACUAUAAGACACACACACUUUAAGCCAUUAGACUGGCUGUAAUACACUGCUCAUCAUGCAGGACAUAGUAUUCUAGUGGGUGUAGACAGUUUACUUUUCCCUAUAGGCCACAAUAGUACACACUACUAACCAGCUUCACAAAAGAGCGACCACAUCACGUCACCUAACGUACGAGUUAUUAAUUGCGAAACAUGUCAGGAACAAGUCAAUACCCAAGAAUGCCAAUGUAGACAUAAGAGCAAAAUCUACUUCUUUAAACACUCCUAGCUGACAUUGGCAGAUCAUGGUACAAAUACUUUUUUCCAGGCCUUUCCAAAACUGUCCAAGAUCCGUCCAAGUUAACGCUCGAUCAAACCUAAUAUCUGCAUAAAACAGUAAAACUUUUUUAGCAGAUGAAUUCCCUUCGUUCAUUCCUUUGUCCCUAACGUUUGCCCAUGUGACCUCGGGGUUGGGGGGCGGGUGUGUGUAGAAAGAGUAGAACUGGAAACUGACUUGAUGAUCCUCCUUGGUCUGAGGAGAACUUGCAUAAGCCAUGUUAAAAGAUGACGUUUCUGUGUAUUUAAAGCGUGAAAUGUGCUCGGUCGAUGUUUUUUAGAGCUGCAAGAUGCUAGAAUCAACUGGCACGAUGUGUGCACUCUCAUCUAACAACACCAGUAGUGUCGCUUUCUUUCUCUUUCUUUUAGUUUUUAUGUUGGAGAAUUUUUUUUUAAAAUUCAAGUUGGCACUUGAGCUGCAGUCGGGAAAAAGGGAAGCCGGAUGCCGAGGGGCUUGUGCGCCCCUUUCUGCAACAGGCUUCCCACUCCGGGUGUUUUUAGGAUGGCAAAAAAAAUGAGAACGCAAAGUUAAACUGGCGUACACACUUAAACUGAUUCGAAGUAAUCCGAUUCUCUGAUCUGAUUUCUUUUUUUUUUUUUUUUAUGCUCAGGAUAUAAUGCGAUUCUUAAACUAGUGUCACGAUCGGAAGUCUAUUUUUUAAUGUUGUUUGUGGGUGUGUGGGUGGGUCUCUGGGUAGGGGGAUGGGGGGGAAUGAUGUAAAAUGAUUGUAUGUAAGAGAAGAAUUAUGUGUUAUACUACUAAACCUACCGCUGCAUGAGAAUAUCCAUCAAAUGACAGAUGGCCUAAAGAGACUAUACAUUUACUGAAUGUUUGCAAACCACUUGACCUGAAAACAGUGUAUGUGUGUAAAACGCGAAACUGACUGCCUUCACUCUCCGAAGGUGUGGAGAGACACAAUCGGAUCCGAUCAGAAGUGUCCACACAGCCGAGGUGUCCCUUUUCUGUAAAUAGAAGCCUGGCAGCAUCUUGUAAAGUCAGCCUACAGCAUGCCGCUUGUAAUAUCGAGUCUUCAUGUGAUGUUAAAACCCAGAGGGAAGGAAGAUGCAGCACCUGAAGUACUACAUGGUGACCCAUACGGAAUAAAUUCGACUUUGUAAUUCUUACGACCCGGGCUUUGUAUCCAGUGCUGCGUUGUUUGAUGUGGAUCCUUUCCGAUUUUUUUUCCCCCAAGUGGAAGUGUGCACUUUUAUAGACACGCUCCAGUCAGUGUUCCGUCAUGCUGCACGCGCAGAUUUCAGCUUCAGCACCUGCUCGAAGAUCUCCUCAAUAAACUGAUAAAACACUCUCGACCCAAGCCUGUAAAUCCCAAAAGGGAAUCGAAUGUAAAGAAGGAAAAAAAAACAACUAUAUGCCGAUUUGAAUUAGCACGAAGUUUGCUGGUUCGAUUUCUUCAAAAUCUCCUCGUACCUUCCACUCGCACAACCAAUACCCAAACAACACCCCACCCCCACAAUCCCCCCCCAAGUACGCUUUAGCUCGAAUGCUUCAUUGUUGAUUUCUAUUAUUACUUAAGGCUCAAAUCAAUCAGUGUGUGGAAGCUGACUGUAGACGAGCGAGGGAAGAUUACGAGACCGUCUACUCGCUCGUCUACAGUCCUGUUCAGAACGGAAGGCUGUGAUAGUCGAGCACCGGAGCUUCCUGAAGAAACCUACAUCGACGUGUUAAAUAUUCCACACUCACAUCCGCAAGCUGGUGUAAUGAAGACAAUGUCGUAUUUACUGUAAUGGCAUAUUUUAAUAUAAAAUUCCUGGAAAGAUUAUGAUGUAGUAAUAAAAUGUUUAAAAUGUG